CAAAAAUGCUGUCUAGGUAGGCGGCUUGCUAGUUUCAGUUUGCUCAGAGGGGAGGAGAAACUGAGACUCUCUGAAAAUGGCGUCUCCGAAAACAGUGCCUAAAGAUGCACAGGUAAUGAUCCAGAUUCUUAAAGACAUGGGAAUCACUGAGUAUGAGCCCAGAGUCAUCAAUCAAAUGCUGGAGUUUACAUACAAAGUCCAAUGUGGAUGCAGAUGAUAUAAGGUUAGCAAUCCAAUGUCGAGUGGAUCAGUCCUUCACGUCACCUCCACCUCGAGAUUUUCUGUUGGAAAUCGCGAGGCAGAAGAACAUGGCCCCAUUACCCCUUAUUAAGCCUUACACUGGUCCACGUCUUCCACCGGACCGUUACUGUCUAACUGCACCCAACUACAGGCUAAAGUCCUUGCAGAAAAAGGUCACUUCGUCUGCGGGCAGAAUAACAGUGCCACGGUUGAGUGUGGGGGCAGUUUCCAGUAGGCCAAGCACUCCAACUCUUGGCGCACCCUCAGUGCAGACAGUGGGGACAAAAGUAGGGACACCAGUGUCACUGGCGGGCCAGCGCUUCACCGUUCAGAUUCCCUCUUCGCAGGCUGCUUCUGUCAAAUCAGCUACUCCAACCACUCCCACCGUUCAGAAUGUCCUCAUCAACCCCUCCCUCAUCGGCUCCAAGAACAUCCUCAUCACUACUAAUAUGGUCUCCCAGAAUUCAUCCAGUGACUCAACCUCUCUCAAGAGAAAGCAUGAAGAUGAGGAUGACUAUGAUGCUUUAUGACCUGCUGUGUUUUCUUACUAGUGUGUGAUUCUGUAAAUAAGCAAUCUGUUGUCAGUCUGCCCCUCAUUAGUCGUGUUAUUUAGGUUAAACAAUACAGUGCUGCCAUUAUUUUUGUACAUAAAUUGAUAAAAAAAAAAAAAAAGUGGGUUUGGAGGUUUUUCUAAUGUUUCAUUACCAUUUUAGUUGAGUUGACUUUGCUACAAGAAAUCUUUGACGGGUGCAAAGAACCAAGUUAUUACCCUUUCAACUGCAUUUAAGCACAUUUAAACUGUUUCUUUUGUUUUUUGUUUUACAUAUGGGCUUUUAUCAAAAUUAUUUAUGUUUUAUUACUUCCAUAAAUUGCAUAAAAUUAAGUGUAAAAUAAAAUGUAAUGUAAUCAAUGAAAUACCAGCAGAGGGAGCUGGUUGGAUGAAAAAUAUCCAUGCACUUUCACUUUGGGAAUGAAUGGUCUUUGUUUGACAAUACUAUUGUUAUAAUCUAAAAUGUUAUAUAUUUUAGUUUGUUUAGGCAUUCUUCUUGCAUAUCUUAACUUUUAUUAGACUUAAAGGGAGGGUUUGGAGGACAAGUGGCCAGGAGUACUGUUCCCUUCCUCCUUUUGCCUUAAAAAUACAGUAUAGAAUUUAUGGUAAUCAUUUUACAAUGCCUUAUCAUUUAUGCCAACUGAUUUUAAAGUAUUGUGAAUCUACACUAUGCAUAAUGUUUUACAGUCUACAGUCCUAAACAGAAAAGUGACAGUUGAACUAACUUGUAGGAUGAAAAUGUACAAGAAAAGGGAUUGAAUGCAAUCCAAGUCUAGUUAAUGACAAAACGGUCCUCACACAAAGUAAAAUGUGUGUAUUCCAAGGAUCCUGUGAGAACAGACCAAAACAUAACUCCUUUUUCACUAUAAAAGUUGACAUCAGUCCUCUUGGCGAUCGUGAUUUCAGGUUCAAUCACACUUCCUAGUGCUUGAUGCAUGCACAGUGCACUAGAUGGCGCUAGGAAGCAAUGCUCGAAUUGAAUCAAAUCUUAAAGUACUUACAAUAAGAUUUUUUUUUUUUUUUUUUUUUGAUGGUGGUGGUGUGGUUAGACUGGCAAUAUACAAUACAUUUAUUUGUUCAUAAUAUGCAUAACUAUAUACUAUUUAUUGAAAGAAACAGGUUUACAUAAAAUAACAGGCUUUUGUGUUGAUAAAGAAUAAACAUAUAUAUGUACACACACACAUUUUCAGUCCAAUGUUAUAUAACAAAGAGAGAUAAGCUACUAUUCUUCUUUUAAAGAUUUAGAGGGUGACAAAGCAGCAGACCCAAAAGGGCAACUAUGGCAAAUAUACCAGGGGACUACAUAUAAGGCACGUGAAGACCCGUAAACGCAUGUGACAUUCA